AGUAUUGCCAGAUUUACGCGUUGGAGACGAACCAAUGAUUGUUCAACUUUAGAAAAUACCAACGGAAAUAUACAUGGCGUCCUGUCAAUGUCACGUGUAGUUUUCCGUAAACGAGAACGCUGUGAAAGAGGCCCUAGCCGCCCGUUUAUUACACUCAAGUUGUAAUGUUUUAUUGCGGCCACGGGAUGCGACGGUACUUCCAAGUGACCAUGGGUUUUCCCAAAUUUAGAAACUUGGCAGUAUUAACCGAGAAGCGUUUGAGGAAAGGCAGUAUUAUCCCACAAGCGUUUGCGGAAACAUCGUGGAAAGCAUUGCGUAAAACAAAAAUGUGUGACGAGGGUAAACCAAUGAAACGAACGGGGAACAUAUCCCGCGAGCAAAAAGAAAUUCUUAUUGAAUUUAUAGAAGCAAACCAAAAACCUAACGAGGUCAAAAUUUUCGGCCAAUUAUACGUAUAAAGAUGGGCAUCGUUUGUGGCAAAAAAUAACAAAUAUUUUAAACGCUUCGCUAGAGGCGAAGAAAGAUUGGAAACAAUGGAGACGUACGUGGCAAGAUUUCCGAGGCAAAGCGAAGGCAAAGCAGUCUUCAAUUAAUAGAAAUUUAAAUGCCACAGGCGGUGGUCCGUUAAAUACAGACAAUUUAUCGGUGGAGGAGGAACGUGUCCUCAACACAAUACAUGUUACACAAGUAAAGGAUGAUUCCAAUACGACAGAUGAAACACUGAUACAAUUUAUAUAAUACUCCGAAGAAUAUUUAGAUGCAAACUUGGUGGACAAUGAGAAGGUGGAAACACUAGCAGACUCGCAACCUGGCCCUUCAAUAAUAGUGGAGAGACCAACGAUUAAGAUAGAAAAAGACAAAGAAACGCGACUGUUGGCGGAGAAAGAAUUCUGUUUAUCGAGAACGGAAAGUUUUGCGGUCGAGUUACGAGGAAUCGAAUGUUCGGGGGUUCAAAAUGGGACUGGAAUCGCAUCGUGUGAAAAAUGACCGGUUCGUCGAUCAAACUGGAAACUCAAAGGACAACUCGAUGAAGGUUAACCAACAACGGCCGUUGUUAUCGCAGCUAAUUUAAAAACAAGUGCGGCGGUGGCUGUGUCGAUAAAAAGUGAAACGGUGGCUGAUCUUGUCAAGGCAACAACUACCUCGACCUUAAUGACUUCGAAUACACCCGGUUCGAUAAAAAUGGCGAUUUACAGUACCUUGCUCGUCAUCUUACAAUUACUACUCAUCGACGCAGCAUCGACGGUACCGGGAACAUGGAUAAACGUCGGAUUCCAACGCUUUCCGCAACUGGAGACUACGCAAAUGAUUGAGACCUACGACGUAGCAGCAUCUACCAUCUGCCACGGGCUAAAGGGUCUCUCGCAGGGCCAAGGAAAACUGUGCCAGCUUUCCGUGGAUCAUAUGCCAAGCGUAGCAAGAGGCGCCAAGUUUGGAAUCCUCGAGUGCCAGCAUCAAUUUCGCGACCGAAGAUGGAACUGUUCCACUGUCCAUGACGAGUCCGUGUUCGGACCUAUGCUAAGAUUAGCUAGCAGGGAAACAGCAUUCGUUCAUGCAAUCACAGCUGCAGGAGUAGUGUAUUCGAUCAGUCGAUCUUGCAGAGAUGGUCAGUUAUCCUCAUGUGGCUGUUCGAGAAGUAGUAGACCUAGAGAUUUGGAUCGGCAUUGGAUUUGGGGAGGCUGUGGAGACAAUCUUGAGUAUGGUUACAAAUUUACCCAGGCAUUUGUCGACGUAAGGGAACGCGAACGCAGCUUUAGAAGAGGUAGCAGAGAACAAGGCAGAAGCCUAAUGAAUCUUCAUAAUAACGAAGCUGGUCGCAGGGCUGUUAUUAAAAGGUCAAAGGUGACAUGCAAGUGUCACGGUGUUUCCGGAAGCUGUAGUUUGAUUACUUGCUGGCAACAGCUGGCAUCAUUUCGAGAAAUUGGUGAUUUUCUCUUAGAUAAAUAUGAUGGAGCAACAGAGGUCAGGGUAAAUAGACGUGGACGUCUGUCCAUGCGGGAUCCAAGAUUUUCAUUACCCACAGCAAAUGAUUUGGUUUAUUUGGAUGAUUCUCCAAACUAUUGUCUCCCUAAUGAGACAUUCGGAUCGCUAGGUACACACGGCAGAAUUUGCAACAGAACAUCAUCCGGUAUGGAUGGAUGUAAUCUCCUUUGUUGUGGUAGAGGGUACAACACGCAGAAAUCAACUAUCAGAGAAAGAUGCGAGUGUAAAUUUCAUUGGUGUUGUUUUGUAGAAUGUAAAACUUGUGUUAAGAGUAUAGACAUUCACACUUGCAAAUAAAAUCUCAGUCAUAUCAGUACUUGUGAAAACUUGAUUUGCUCUUUGUAAUUCAACUUCGUUUGUAUUUUUGAAAAAUCUGAUGAAGCGAAAAAGAUAUUUUGUAUUAUACAGAUUGUGGCCGGACGGGUGGUACAAUCGAGCAGAGGGUGAUACUACAUGUAAAAAUAAGUCAAAAAAAGAAAUAACAUUCUUUCGUUUGACGGUUUGUUUUCGAGAAAAUCGAGUUUGAAAAUUCUAUCCAAUACGCGUGCACUCUAGGUUUAAAUAUGUAUUAUAAAUAAGAAAUGUUAAUGUAUGGAUAAUACAUAUAUUAAUUUUAUUGCCAUUUCUAACGUUAAUUACAUAACAUUAUAAAAUAAACUGUUCAAAGUGCUGUCCUUGUUGGCGCGUACAUAUCAUUGCCUUAUUAGUUCAGUACAUACGUACUGGAUAAAAUUUUCAAACUCGAUUUUCUCAAAAACUAAGCGUUAAACGAAAAAAUGUUAUUCCUUUUUUUCGACUUAUUUUUACAUGUAGUAUCCCCUUUUGCUCGGUUGUACCACUCAUCUGGCCACACCCUGUAUACAGGACAAUUCAUUAUUAAUAAAUAAGCAUGCCUUCAAGAAUAAAUUCAAAAUAUCAAAAUAAAUUUUAAAGUUCAUAUAAACAUGAUUUAAAGAGUCAAUAUUUCAUCUGACGUUGUUUCCAAGUUACAGGCGUUUCUGUAUUUUGUCUACACAAAAGUCUUUUUUUUAAAUGACUUUAAAAUUGAGCUUAAAUAUUUAGUAAUAUUUAUAAUAUUAAUUAUUUAUUUAUUAGUAAUACUUAAUGUGAUGUUGAUUGUAAAUAACUUCGUGGAAUUAGUUAUAUUAGCUCAGUUUGUACCGAAAAUUAUGAGAAUACAAAAAUUCCUAUAACUUGAACAUGAAGUUAAAUACAGUAGAACUCCAUUUAUUUUAAUCGGUUGAGGAACAACCAAGUUCUGAUAACUGGAUACUUCAUGUAACUGAAGUUUACUAAUUCCCAUAAAUGAUACGUUGCGAGAUCCGAGUUCGGAUAAAUGGAGUUCUACUGUAGUUUUUAUAUUUAUAUAAACUUUCGUAAUUAUUUUGUAACACUAAAGUCACUUUUGAAGUUAAAUUUAUUAAUAAUGAAAUAUUCUGUAUACACACACCUCUUAGUAUUACAGUAAAGUACCUGUAUUUUAAUAUUAUAGCAAGUAUCUACAUGUCUCAUAUCUUCUUAUCCAUUUGAUUGAUUACCAAAUUUUAUCGUGCAAAUUAAAUAUACAGAUAAAUUUAAAUAAAAGAUUUCAAUAAUACAGUUGUAAAUUUGGAUAACUUUUAACGUAAAAUAACAGCAGUAAUAAAUUAAUUGACAUGUCAAAACAGUACAUUUAUUAUCUACAUAUAUUUUUAAUUGAUUAAAAAGAUGAUGAACCAUUUUUAUUUUUAUUUCACUGUAAACUGCAAGUCUAUUUAUUUACAUACAGAAUUUGUUCGAAACACUUUCUUAUAUAUCUAACAAUUUUCGCCAUUGUAUACUUGAGUUAUCGAUACCAAAAGAAAAAAAAUGUAAAUCCUUUACUUUGUAUCGUUCUAUAGACUUAUAAAGUUUUAUCAAAAUCGAAGAGAGACACUUUACAGAUGAUUCUCGUUGGCGCCGGUUACAAGAUUAAAACAGAGAAUAUAAAAUUCUUUAUCCAUCAUAUUUACCCAUUAAAAUUAUGCAAAUUAUAUCAAUGACGUUUUUUUGUAUUUUCAAAACUAAUUUUAUCAAAUGCUCUGUUUUAAAUGGACUAGACUAUAUAAUUGUUACCUAGUAAGGUGUAUGACAUCUCCAAGGUACCUUUACGGGAAGACAUUUUUAGUAUCCUCACCUAAACUAAUAUUCAGAGAAUCAUAUACCCUUAAUAAACAAUGCUUAUUGAAAGAAAGUACUUUAUGUAUAUUAUCAUUACUCAAUAUAAUCAAAUGUAAUGUUGAACGUACAAAGAGUCAAAAUUGUUUUUAUUCAUCAACACUGAUUCUCAUAUUAAUAAAAAUGUUAAGCAAAGAUUAAGUGCUUUGCACGUCUGUUUCUUCGAAUUCUAGUGCAUACUUUCAUGCGUUAAUGCGAAGAGCAUAAUUUAUCAACAAAAACGUGUGUUCAUAUCAUUUCUCACAAUAAUUGCAUAUGUAUAAGACAUGAGUUUAUUAAUUCAUUUGUAAAUGUAUUAAUCAAUGCGUUAAGCGGCCUAUAAAGAAUAUGUACACAAAAAUUUACAUUAUGCUCAAUUAGUUGUAAUUAUUAAUAUAUUUAUUUGUAUCUCAAUCAAACCAAUAUUGACAAAUGACUGACAAUCUGUGAUUUCACACAUUUAAAGAAAUCAAACAAAACUUAUGACAUUUUAACACUAAGUAAAUAUGUACUAUUACUCAGAAUCGUAAUGCAAUUACAAGUGCAGUAUUAUCUUUAUCAAGAAUUACUUUUUAUUAGUAUAAAAUAAGUCUAUUAUAAGGUGUAGCAAUGAUCGAUUCUACACAUUUAUAUUUGAUGGUUUGAUACAUUGUAACUACUGAAUUUACCAUAGGUUAGAUGUUUAUUUAAUAUUGAUAUGAUUAUUUAUUGCUAUCCUUGUGUAGUGUAUUGUGUAUAAACUUAUAUACUUCAAGUUUAAAAAGUUUAAAUAAUAAAACAAAUUGUGCUAAAGUGGAAAUUAUUUCUUUAUAACUAUUCCUUCCCAUUUUUUAAAACCUUUAAUAGCAAUUAAAUAGUUAAAAUUUAAACAGAAAUCUUAACGAAUUUUUUGGUUGCAACUAAUUAUUUAUUUCAUUGAAACCUUUCA